UUUUAAAGCAGCAAACAAUAGCUGCAAUUUCAUCAUCGAUUGAUGCUGAUAAUCAGGAAUCUUUUAUUCCAUCCGAUUGUGAUUUAAUGGACGACAAUCAACAAUCUCAACAGCCUAAACAACAACAAAAACCACCGAAUCAAUGGCAUAUACUUGAAGGAAUUAAAAAUGGUCAUCAACCACCAGAUGAUAAAACUAUUGAACCUAAACCACCAUUAUUCACUGGUUAUAUAUUAAAACGUCGGAAACGACCUUUAAAAGGUUGGCAUAAACGAUAUUUUCAUCUGGACAAUGGUAUACUAUCAUAUGCAAAAAAUUACAAUGAUUGGCAAAAACAGAAAUUACAUGGUUCGACCGAUAUCGGAUUAUCAGUUAUUUCAUGUAAACCAUCUAGUCGUCGUAUCGAUAUUGAUUCAGAUUCGGGAAUCUUUCAUUUGAAAGCUAAAAAAGAAGAUUUCAAUCAAUGGGUGCAUGCAUUACGGACACAUCGAUUAGCACGACAACAUGAAAUUGCAUUCGGUGGUGCACAUAAUCAUGAUCAUCCUACACUAGCUUCAAUCACAGAAGAUUCAAUAAAUUCACCACCAUUUUCCCUUCAACAAAAUCGGCUGAAAAGUCAAACAUCUUUAACCAGUCCGAUGUCCCUUAAACAAAAAUGUGAUAAAUUGUCUUCACAAUCAUCAUUGUUGUUAAUCAAUCAAUCCAAUUCAAAUGUAACUAAAAUACAGGAAAAAUUGGUUAAAUUAAGUUCAUUGAUUAAAUUUAUUGAAACGACACCUGGAAACGGAUCGACUGGCGUUCCUUGUGUCGAUGAUCUUGAAACUUAUAAAUGUACGAAAAAAUUAUCAAAACUUCGACGUUUUCAUCUACAUCGAUCGAAAAAUAAAAAUAAAUCCAAAGAUCUUGAUCAAUUUGGACGUCCUAAAUUAUUGUUACAGCAACAAUCAUUUUUAAGUGUUUCACAUCCAUCAUUAACCGAUGAUGAUCUAACGGCUGCUACUACUAAUUGCGCUAAUCAAUCAAUUACAGCUAUGAACAAGAAUGCUGCUAUGAAGGAGUUUGUUCAAUUGGCUAAUGAAAUUAAUAAUAAUUUUCGACAUUUAUUGAAAUCGAUACAAGAAAUCAAGUACGAUGACAAACAAGAUGAUAAUAAUGAAGAACGAUUGAAAUCAAUACAAACUCCAUUCGAUAAAUCUAUACUUAAUCAUGGAGAUGGUGAAGAUGAAGAUGUAUUCAUUAGUAGUGAACAACAAUCGCCUUAUCAUCGAACAUAUUCGAUGGAUGAAACGUCUGUGAUGAGUAUUUCCGAAUAUCAUGAUGCUGAAGAUAAUGUCAGUUUUGUUGGUCAACCAACUCGUUCAUCCGAUGAUUAUAAUUCGUCAUCAUCUUCAUCUUCAAUCGAUGAUGAAGAUGAUGAUGAUGAAAGUAUUGUUACUGAUUUUAGUGAAGAUAGUCAUAAACAAAAUGGUUGCCUAAAACCGGAACAGCAAGUGGCAGUUAAACGUCGGACCCAAUUACCAAGUGCUGAACCUACAAAUGAUAUUAGUUUAUGGAGCUUGUUGCGAAAGAAUAUUGGUAAAGAUUUAUCUAAAAUAUCCAUGCCUGUUACGAUCAAUGAACCAUUGAAUUUAUUGCAACGAUUAUGUGAAGAGUUGGAAUAUUGUGAAUUGUUAGAUAUGGCUGCAGCAAUGAUCGAUGAUCCUUGUCAACGAAUGCUGAUGAUGGCUGCAUUUGCAAUUUCAUCGUAUAGUUCAUCCUAUUAUCGUGUUGGUCACAAACCAUUCAAUCCAUUACUAGGUGAAACAUAUGAAUGUGUUCGUGAUGAUAAAGGCUUUCGUUUCAUUGGUGAACAGGUUAGCCAUCAUCCUCCGAUAUCCGCUUGUCAUGCUGAUUCAAAAAAUUAUGUUUUUUGGCAAGAUAUGCGAGUGAAGACAAAAUUCUGGGGUAAAUCAAUGGAAAUCAUUCCGAUAGGAACAGUGAAUGUUAUAUUACGACCAUCACAAAGUCAUUAUCAAUGGAAUAAGAUAACCACUUGCGUGCAUAAUCUAUUCAAAGGUGAACGUUAUGUUGAUAUCUAUGGUGAACUUACGAUAACCGAAAUGGGCAAUGAUCGUAAUGAUAAGUUAACCUGUAAGAUAACAUUCGACAAAGCUAGCUAUUGGUCGAGUAGUCAAAAUGAAAUUCAUGGUAUGGUUAUGAAUAAUCGUGGUCAAAUUAUUGAACGUAUACGAGGUCGUUGGAAUGAAUCAGUUUAUGUAGGAUCCCGUUGUAUAUGGCGUGUCGGUACAAUGCCUGAUAAUUAUGAAGCAUACUAUGGUUUUACUCGAUUCGCUAUUGAAUUGAAUGAAUUACUUGAUGAGGAAAAACCUUGGCUUCCACCUACAGAUACACGAUUUCGACCAGAUCAGCGUGCUCUAGAAGAAGGUGAUGUUCAACGAGCCGAAACAAUCAAAUCAGAACUUGAACAACAGCAACGUGAACGACGUAAAAUGCAGGAAAUGAAUGGUGAAACACCUAUGCCACUUUGGUUUAGGAAACAACUAAAUGGUUAUAAAGAUAAUGAUGAAGCUGAUAUUUAUAUAUUCAACAAUCAAUAUUGGGAUUCAAGAGCUCAUCAUUUUGAUGGAAUUGAUUUUGCUAGAUUAUGGUAGAGUUUGAAUAAUGAUUCUAGUCAAUUGAUAAUGGGGUAUACUCGUACACAUUCAGACCAUCCUUAAU